CCGAAAUACUGCUAGCGCUUAUUCAUUCAGCCUGGCCAUUGAUCUGUGCACACAAUCAACAGAAGAAAGUAAUGCCGGAAAUACCAAGGACGCCAUAUAACGUCCCUGGACGUACCAAUCAGAUAUAUCACCCCGCCCCCGCACAGACGUGUUAUCGCUAGUUGUGGAGUUUGUCGGUCUGUGCGUACGUGCUGUCCAGUCGUAUGGCCAUGGAGAAAAGGACGGGGCAGUGUGUCGCCAUCCUGGUCUUGUUGGUUCUGAAGUUUUCCUCGCCCUGCCCAGAGGAGUGCUUCGUGCAGCACGAGUGGAAAUUUGUGAAAAGGAAGAGCUGCAUGUGCCCGACCCAGCGAGACAGCAGUUAUCGGAUAUCGUGCGUUUCACGUGGAAUAACGGUUACCGCUGACAGAGUUUGCAGUGCAGAAAAUCAUGGCCUGACGUGUCUGAAUGACGUACCUACUGGGUUUGACCAGUCCGUGACUGGAAUCAUGCUGAAUGAUCUGUUCAACCUCACCACCCUCACCAAACAGCACAUCCCGCAGCUACCCAACCUCAUCACAUUCGGUAUAACCGGCAGCACCAUCCAGGCUAUAGAAGCGGGUGCCUUCUCCUCCGUACCGACCAUAAUGUCAAUAGCCAUCCGGUGCAGCCGCCUCCUGAAUAUCGAUGACCAUACCUUCUACAGCCUGCCCAGUUUGGAGACAAUCUUUCUGGAUCAUAACCUCAUCAAGACAAUGUCUCCGAGGGCGGCCGUUGGCCUCCACAGCUUAAAGAAGAUGUACUUGCACGACAAUCAACUGAAGGCGGUACCUUUUGAGGCUCUGUCACUGAUCCGUCGCUGCACAACUGUGGCGCGCCUGCUGUUUAAUCUUGAGGAUAACCAAAUCAGCACGGUAUCGGGAACGGCUUGGAGGAUAAUCGUUGACUCACGGCUCACCAUUUUUCUCAAAGGCAACCCCUUAGUUUGUGACGGUAGAAUGACAUGGCUGGUCUGCAACGCCACGACUUUGGCUAGCUCGAACAUUGUUUUUGCUGGCAAUCUUCGGUGCAUGUCCCCACCUGAACUGACCGGCUACCACUUCAAAUCGCUCCACACCAAGUCACUCUGCUUAUCUUCAGAACCGACAUCCGCAUCCCGAUCUGCAAUGGCAUCCACAUCUCCAAUGGCAGAAUCUACUACGCUCCCUGAAAAGUCAUUCGGGACCACAGGUUCUGCCCUGACGCAGCUGGCGAGGAAAACAACUUUGGGUACCAUGGUCAGUACCCUUGGCCUUGUACUGGAUACGAAUCUUGCUGACGGAAAACAACCUUCAAUUGACUAUCUUUACAUACCUCUCGGACUUACUGUUACCGUUAUAGGUCUGUCAAUUGGGACGGCAGUGGCGGUUAUAAUGCACAAGAGACGUGUUUCAGGGAGAAGACAAAAUCAGGUCCUCAGACAGCACGGCGUCAUCAUCAGUUCUCAACUCAUCAGUAAUCGGAUGUACCAACACUCUGCCACAGGGGAUGUCAACGACAAGGAAGAGCCAGAAGAAACUGUGGAGGAUUUCGCAAGACACAGCGUCACCAUCAACACAUCUGAACUGAUCUCUAAUCGGCUGUACAAAUGCUCUGGAUCUGCUUUGGACAACGCCAACAAGGACACUAAAACAACAGAAGAAACUGAAGAGAACUCACAGCUGACACCUUACCUCACUGUACCUUUCGAUGCCAUCAACAACACCCUGCAUAUCGAGCCUUACAGCACCGUCAAUUUGGAGGACAUUCGUAAUGAAGAAACGGAUAAAGAUUUGCACCUGAAGCUUACAUCGGACGGUAUCCUUCCAUCGGGUGGAAACCCAGGCGCCAAAGAAAAGAAAGAAACUGAGGAAAAUUCGGCAAGACAUGGUCCCUACCGUCAACAUCACGGGGUCACCAUCGACACAUCUCGACUGAUUUCCAAUCGCCUAUACAAACCGUCUGCUAACAACAGCAUCAACAAGGACACUGUAACAACAAAAGAAACUGAGCAGAAAUCGGAGCUGAGACCUUACCUUACCGUACCUUUGGAUGCAAUUGAUAACACCCUGCAUAUCGAACCGUACAGCAGCGUCAAUUUGGACGACAUCCGCGACGAACAAAUGAAUGCGUCGGGCGGUAUCUCUCUAAUCCCAGAGGUCCAACAGCACGAUGAGAUGGAACAGCAUUCCUUCACGCCUCUAGACCAAAUUGUCGAUCCCUAAGCUGACAUUGCGCAUUGCUGCAGCAACACGUCAAAACACCAUAACAUGGGUGUCAGAGAGCACAGAUACCAGUUCAUAUACACACAGCACAACAUAGAUGAAUGCACAACUCUACAAAGAACGUAUUUGACAAUACCUAGUGCACACAGAAAAGGACAGUAUGUAUCCAGCAACCCAACCACUGUACAUGACAUCUACCUUUUGAAACGUUAGGUUGGUUUUGAUCAUAGAAGGCAGAUGAAAUGUGAUUACAAUGAGACAAAGUUUUCUUCUAUUAUUAUAACUCUUUUAAUUAAUCUACAUGUAGUCAGACUGUGUCUGGUUUUUAUAUAUUUUCCGUAUUCGCAUUUUCGUCGUCAUCUGUUGUUAUGGUUUG